AUGUAUUCAAUGUACAUAGCGCUAAGGACAGUCGCAUUGGUGUUGUGCAUCGCCUACACCCACGCCCUGUUCAUCACCGUAGAUGCACACGCUGAGAAGUGCUUCCACGGCAAGGCGAAGUCCGGCAGCAAGAUGGGUCUCACGUUCGAAGUCACCGAAGGCGGCUUCCUGGACAUCGACGUGAAGAUCACUGGACUUGAUGGCAAACUGCUUUACUCCGGGGAACGCGAGUCCAGUGGGAAAUACAUAUUUUUUGCUGCCUAUGCUGAUAGAGCCUACCGCUACUGCUUUAGCAACGCCAUGUCCACGAUGACACCAACGAUCGUCAUGUUCUCCAUAGACAUUGGUUAUGCCCUGACCAAAUCACAGGAGGUAGAUGAAGUGCAUAGUUCCCAAGUUCCCAAGUUCUACCGUGUGGUAGAACUUGGGAGAAGCUUUGUUAAGGACUUUGCGACCAUUGCACGCCCCCUCACAGGCCUCUUCAAGAAAGACGCCUCUUUUAUCUGGGGCUAUGACCAAGCGUCAUCGUUUUCUCAACUUACGACCCUGCUCAAAACGGCACCAUUCUUGGCUCACAAUGAUCCAUCAGCCCCAACCGAGGCCACCACGGACGUCAGUGGACACGGCUUUGGAGCUGUGUUAUUGCAGCACCAACGGGGACACGACCGU